AUGGAUAUUCAAGGCACCCCUCUUCCUGCCGGCAACCGUGGCACCAAGGUGACCACCGAACCUCGUACACAACAGCGCAUCGAAGAACCGUCUGGCCCUAUUACCAAUGACUCACUUGCCGCCGAGUCUAUCCGCCGGGGUGGCGGCUUCUCUGGCAACCGUGGCGCCGAGGCCAUGGGAAUGUCAGGAAUCCAAUCCACAGUAACCAACACCAACACGUCCGCCUCCAUCAAGCUUCCCUCUACCCCAUUUGGCGCUCAGCGCCAGGACCGUCAUGAGGAACAGAAGUACCCAGAAUGCGUAGUUGGCCAGGGCAACUUCCCUGGCACACACAUGGAUAACUCUGGGUACGCCGGUGGCUCAACUGCGGCCAAGAAGGAGAUGGGUAUCAAGGCUGGCGAAUACUCUGCCGCCAGCGGCAGUGGUGGCGGCAGUCAGUUCAACGAUGUGACCGAUAUUCAAGCGGGUGGUCUCCCCUCCGACGAUGUUAAGAAUGUUAGCUUCAACUCGGAAAUUGGCUCCAACCAGGACCCUGGCCGUGAUGCUAUCAGCCAGUUCCAGCACAGCAAUGCCCACUCUGCCAAUGACUCUGCCCGUCCCCAUCAGAAGGGUAUCGAUACUCAUACUGUAUAUGAGCAUUUGCAGAGUGACGAGCGCGCUUAA